CUAUCCAUUUUUUCUCUUAGGAAAAAAACCUAUAUAUUAAAACCAAAAGUAAAAGAACUGCAAAUUUGUAAGCAAAAAUAUGGGCAAGGAAGGUCUGGGACUCGAAAUCACGGAGUUGAGGUUGGGACUCCCUGGUGCCGAUAGUGAUUCCAGUCACCGUUGCAAUGUAAUGAUCGAUAAAAAUGAGAAAAAAAGGGCUUUUUCAGAGAUUUCGGAGGACGACGUCGAGGAGGGAAAUAGGAAAAAAACGACAAUCAAGAAUCAAGUUGUGGGGUGGCCGCCGGUAUGUUCAUAUCGGAAAAAGAAUAGUUUUAGUGAUAAAGAUGGGUCGGUUAAAGCAUCAAAGAUGUACGUUAAAGUUUGCAUGGAUGGAGCUCCUUUUCUUCGUAAAAUUGAUUUAGGCAUGCAUGAAGGUUACCCUCAUCUAGCAAAGGCAUUGGAAAAGCUUUUUGGGGAGGCAUUAAGGAAUGCAGAAAGCUGUGAAUUCGUUCCCAUUUAUGAAGACAAAGAUGGAGACUGGAUGUUAGUUGGAGAUGUUCCCUGGGAGAUGUUUAUGGAAUCAUGCAAGAGACUGAGGAUCAUGAAAAGGGCAGAUGCCAAGGGUUUUGGAGUGCUUACAUCAAAGGAAGCUCUCUAUUGAACUUUAAAAUCAAAGAUGAAGAAUUUUUUAACUUAAAAAGUUUAUUUGAUCCUAUACAUUGUUAAUGUUUAAUUUAAUUACCUGAUUAAGUUGCUUUUAUGUCACAGUAAUUAAUUCAUUCAGAGGAUUAUUAAUGGUAAUUAAGACAUAAUUUGUUA